AUGCCGAGCCUCCCUCCAAUUACUCUGUCCUCUCUUGAGAAGGGCCUUACUGCGCUUAAGAAUAAUGCCCAGCCUCUCAUAGAUGAACUCAAAGCCAAACUUGCAUCUGGGUUAUCAGUCACUGAAGAUGAGGAAGCAUGGUUGGAUGGCAGUGCAAACUUUACAGACAAGGCAUUGCUCAUUGCUGAGCUUCAGCAUGCAGAGGACUUCCAGAGCUCCUUUGACUCCCUUUCGGCCAGCCAGAAGGCAACUGUUCAGCGCCUGCAAGUUGCAGGCAGCGGCAAUUCAGAGUGUGUUGCCAAUGCUGAUGUUGUGCCAGAGGUAGGAUGUGAAUCCAACCUGAACUUGAAGUCUGGCAUUCAAAGGGCUUCCAGGCUCCCAAAGAGCCAUCCCAGAUAUGGAGCCAUUGGCAAAGAAGGGACUGGUCUUCACCCAUAA